AUGGGCACCAAAUCAUUUCGAUCAUAUUUUAUUUUAUUAUUUUGCUUAAUUAUUUUUAAUAAUCAUAUAAAUGCUGAUCAAUAUAAACUUGUUCUUCAUAGUUUAUUUACACAAUCAUCUUAUCCAUCAAUUAAAUUUGCUCUUAAACAGAUUGCAUCACUACAGAUGGAUAUUAUAUUUGAACUUAAUACAAGAGAAGAUAUUAUUAUUCCUUGUGAUGUUGGUACAAGUGUAAAAAUACUUUUUGAUAUAAUUAAUAAAACAAAUUUAUCGAAUGUUUUGAUAAGUGAUGCUUGUCAAAAUGUACUUAGUUAUAUAGCGGAAGCAGCAACUUAUUUUCAUAUACCAGUUUUUUCAUUUACUGAAAGUGAUUUAUCUUUAUCAUCGAUUGAUCGUUAUCCAUUUUUUUAUCAUAUUGUACCAUCAGAUCGUGAUCAUAAUUUAGUACGAAAACAACUUUUACAAUAUUUUAAUUGGACACGAUUUGGAUUAAUUUAUCAACAUGGAUCAAAAUAUACAUUGGUAGCUAAUGAUUUAUCCAAUUUAACUGCUAUUGAUAAAAAACAAUGGGAAGUUAAUUUAACACGAGGUAUAGCUUAUCGUCAUGGAUUAGAAUGGCAUGAUGAUAAUGCGAGAGAUGUUCGAAUAAUUAUUGCAAAUUUUAAUCAAACAAUUGCAACUCAUAUGUUUUGUCAUGCUGCGAAAGAACAUAUUUAUGGAUCACGCUAUCAAUGGAUUAUACUUGGUUAUCCAUCAUUGUUGGCAUGGUGGAAUGAACAAACUGAUUGUUCAUUGCAAGAAUUGAUUCGAGCAAUUAAUGGAACUUUACAAACACGUAUACCACAUUUAUCUUUUUAUAAUAUAAAUGAACAACCAAGUUAUGUAUUGGAUUAUUUAGAACGAUUUUCUGAAUUAGAAAGAAAUUAUUUUGAUGCUUAUGCAUAUGAUACAAUAUGGAGUUUAGCAUAUCUUUAUCAAUCGAAAUUUUUAACUAAUAAAACUAAUAUUAGAACUAUUGUAGAUAAUAUUGAUUUUAACGGUGCUACAGGAAGAGUCAGGUAUUUGAAUGGUCGACGAGUUGGUGAAAUUCUUGUUGAACAAUAUGUUGCAUGUCGAAUGAUGAAUGAUGGUUCAUGUAAAACUCCAUGUUAUGAGAAAGAUAAAGAUUGUAAUUUAACGGUUGUAAAAGUAUUUCUUGCGAAAAAUUCCGAUUCAAAAAAUGAUCCACCAGUUUUAUAUAAAUUUAAUCCAAUUAUGUGGCAUGGAAAUGGUCCACCAAGAGAUCGCACAAAUCGAACAAUUGUAUUUGAACAUAUUUAUCUUUCAGUAUUUAUAUCAAUAACAGUAUGUAGUGGAAUUGGAUUAAUUAUAUCAAUUUCAUUAUUUGUUUUUAAUAUUCAUUUUCAAAAACAUCGAUAUAUUCGAAUGUCAAGUCCAGCAUUAAAUAAUAUUAUUUUAGGUGGUUGUAUGUUAGCUUAUAUUAGUAUGAUUUUAUUAGGAAUUAAUUCAUCAUUAUUUCCACAAACAAAUUUUACAGAAAUAAUUAUGAAUAUUAUUUGUGCAACUCGUGUAUGGUUAUUAUCUAUUAGUUUUACAUUGGCAUUUGGUUCCAUGUUUAGUAAGACUUGGCGUGUACAUGCAAUUUUUACAAAUAUUAAUCUAACAAAAAAAGGUAUUCAUGAUUCACGUUUACUUGUCGUUGUCGGUGCUCUUCUAUGCAUUGAUUUAUUCUUUUUAAUUGCUUGGCAAAUAUUUGAUCCAAUUCAUCGACAAAUUGUUUAUGAUGUACCACAUCGACCUAAAUAUAAUCAAGAUAUUGAAAUACUUCCGUAUCGUGAAGAAUGUAAAGGUCAUCAUACGACAUUUUGGUUUCUUGUUUUGAUUUCUUACAAAGGUUUAUUAAUGUCUUAUGGAUCAUUUCUUUCAUGGACAACUCGUCAUGUAACAAUUCCAGCAUUGAAUGAUUCACGUUAUAUUGGUUUAAGUGUUUAUAUUGUAUUUAUUUGUUGUACACUUGGUUCAUUAGUAGUAUUUAUUCCAUCAGAACAGAUUCAAUUUUCAUAUUGUCUAAUAUCAUUCUUUAUUGUUAUAUGUACAACAGUAACUGUAUGUUUAGUAUUUGUACCAAAAAUUGUUGAAGUAUAUCAUGAUCCAUAUUCGAAAAAAAAACAAAUGAGAGUUACGGGUCGAAUACAUUCUAGUAGUUCUCGAAAAACUAUAUUAACAAUUAAACAUUUAAAUGAUGCAAUUAUUGAUAAUCAACAAUUACGUUUAGUUUUAUCUCUACAAGAACAGACAUUAGAUCGAUUGAUGAAAGAAAUAGAUGAGCGUUCAAUAGAAAAGCAUUGUGUUGAAGAACCAUUUGAACUCGAACGUUUAAUGGUAUCAGACAAUGAAAUCGAAGAGGAAGUAGAAGAAAUUCCAACAAUAAAUGAAGAAGACGAAGACGAAGACGAAGAAGAAGAGGAAGACAAUUAUUAUCGUAUUACUCCAAAUAAUAAUCGAGGCCUUAAAGGACGUGUUGCACGAGCAGUUAGUUUAUGUCUUUAUAAUAAAAUUCAUAUGACACAAUUAUAUUGGCCAGAAAAAGUCGGUACUACUCGUUAUUCACUAUCACGACUAGAAGAAUGUCAACAUACACCAUCAAUUAAAUUAUUUCGAACAAAUUCUCAAAAGUCAAUUGGUUUUUCUCAAAUUCAAGAAUCACACGAACAAACAUCAAAUCUUUUGGCAACAUCGUCUACAAGAGAUCUUGAGUCUUUAUAUGAUGGUUUAAUUGGACUUGAUGAAAUUCGUCUUAAUAAAAUGAUUGAAACUGAUCUUAUUUCAGCUUACUAUUAG